UUGCGGCACUCUUCAGCUACACCUCGUAUUGAGCGUUUCGCGGCGGCGGGUUACGAUGCGUGGCGCGUUGUAUCUUUAUUAUUAAUUAUUUGUUGUUGUUGUUUAUACUCUGUACCGUUUUCAUUUCCCAUCGCUCGUGUGUGUGCGCCGUGCGUGUGCGUGUGUGUGUGCGUGUGCCUAUGCGUUUUGCCCCCCAAAUCCCCCAAAACGCCUCACCACCCCCACUCAGCCGGGAAAAAAGCCCACAAAAAGCAAAUUUACUCAAAAGGCAAAACUACGAAGCGCGAGUGUGUGCCAGUGUGUUAAAAAAAAUAAUAGUAAAAUAUGAUAAAUUAAGGCCUUGCAACAUGCGGCGGCAGAUGAAGUUUGUUCGGUUUCAGAUCAAAACAAAAUCAUAGGAUACGCCUACAUAUAUCGCUAUAUACAGUACCAGUCAAUCAAUCAAUAUCGUGUGCAUUCAAAUUCCACAUCGUGCCUACAACUGCAACUGCAAUUGCGCGCCCUCUCUCCGCGAGUAAAAAAACGGAAACGGAAGUGCCAGUGACGUAAUACUCCCGAAAAAAAACCAGGAGAAUCCCCCCCACAGCCUCCCCACGACAUUGUGCAACAAAAACAAAGCCAAUCUCCGUGUAUGUACAUCAUUCCCGUGCAAUAUGCUGAAUGCCAUGAUUUGGCCAUGGCUGACAGUGCGUAGCAAAAGUAUUUACAUAACUGGCCAAACCAUUUUGUACAUCAAAGUGUUCAAGCUGAGGUUUUGAAUAACGCAUACACUGAAAACAAACAGAUGAACGUUUCUACGGCAGCGACAGUUCGAAUCGAUGAGAAACAGAUUGCGCCUAAAUGUCUUCCGGAAUUAAUUGUCGUGAAAUUUUCGUAUUUUUGGAAAUUUUGAUUUGGAAUCAAGCAAAACAGAGAAAUCGACAAAACAAUGAGCAUAGCAGCAGCAACAACAAGGAAACCAACAGCAGCAGCGGCAACAACAACAACAACACCAACAAGCAACACAAUAAAAAUCACAGCAACCGUAGCAGCAGCAGCAGCAGCAGCAGCAACAACAACAACAACGCAGUGAAAGUGAUAAAACAGCAGCAACAACAAAAGCUACAGCAACAACAACUGCCCAAAGCAACCAAAAACAAAAACUACAAUAGCAAUAACAAUAGCAGCAGCAAAAGCAACAAUCUGCACUUACUGCAAAAGGGCUAAAACGUUGAACGUUCGAUUUAAAUAGAUAUUAUCAAAUCAUAGAAAAUUGCUUUAAAUAAACGAUAACGAUAGAUAACUAAACAAGUUUAAUACAUACGCGAACAAGUGUCUUAUUAACAAAUAGUUUGAUAAACGAAUUAAUAAGGAAACCCAAUAAUUAAGCGGCAGCAACCACAUAUAACAUCAGAUCCAAACAACAUCAACAAUUUAGUACCUACAGGCCUGACAACGUUAGAUCAUUAUAUACAUACAUAUAGAUAUAUAGCAAUAUACAAAACAAAUAUAUAUACAUAUAUAUCGAUUGGCAAGCCCCCUCACAACGCCCCUCGCCCCCCGUCUCACAAACACCCACACACACUGUGAUAGUUCUUGAUUCACACUGAAUGCUAAAAAGCGCUGAAAAUUCAUUCACGAAAGCAUCUGCGGACUAGCUAAAACACAAGCCACAAAAGAAAAGUAAAGACCAAGUGCAAUAAGACGAUUGGCUAAUACAAUUGGAACCGAAGGGCAGCUAAAUAAAGUGUAUAUAUAUAUAUAUAUAUAUAUCUAUAUAUUAAGUACUGUAUACAACGUUUUACACAUUUACAAACAAGAAAGAAAACUAAGAUCUAAGCGAAAACCGAAUUCAUUCAACUGCAAAGAGCAGCCAAAUUGCGCAUACGCCGCGUAUGGCCGUCGGUGUGAGUGCCCGUGUUCAUCAGCGGUUGCAUCAACUGAUACCAAGUGUACAUAACUACAGCUACAAUUGCAACUAUUUCACCAAUCAACGGCAGCGGCAACAACAUCAGCAACAGCACCGGCAAACGUUUGAAACGUCACCAAAGCUUCGCAUUUCCCACUAAUAAUUAUGUAUACGCAACGUAUGUUUGACAUGUGGAGCAGCGUCACUUCGAAACUGGAAGCACACGCAAACAAUCUCGGUCAAAGCAACGUCCAAUCGCCGGCGGGACAAAACAACUCCAGCGGUUCCAUUAAAGCUCAAAUUGAGAUAAUUCCAUGCAAAGUCUGCGGCGACAAGUCAUCCGGCGUGCAUUACGGAGUGAUCACCUGCGAGGGCUGCAAGGGAUUCUUUCGAAGAUCGCAGAGCUCCGUGGUCAACUACCAGUGUCCGCGCAACAAGCAAUGUGUGGUGGACCGUGUUAAUCGCAACCGAUGUCAAUAUUGUAGACUGCAAAAGUGCCUAAAACUGGGAAUGAGCCGUGAUGCUGUAAAGUUCGGCAGGAUGUCCAAGAAGCAGCGCGAGAAGGUCGAGGACGAGGUACGCUUCCAUCGGGCCCAGAUGCGGGCACAAAGCGACGCGGCACCGGAUAGCUCCGUAUACGACACACAGACGCCCUCGAGCAGCGACCAGCUGCAUCACAACAAUUACAACAGCUACAGCGGCGGCUACUCCAACAACGAGGUGGGCUACGGCAGUCCCUACGGAUACUCGGCCUCCGUGACGCCACAGCAGACCAUGCAGUACGACAUCUCGGCGGACUACGUGGACAGCACCACCUACGAGCCGCGCAGUACAAUAAUCGAUCCCGAAUUUAUUAGUCACGCGGAUGGCGAUAUCAACGAUGUGCUGAUCAAGACGCUGGCGGAGGCGCAUGCCAACACAAAUACCAAACUGGAAGCUGUGCACGACAUGUUCCGAAAGCAGCCGGAUGUGUCGCGCAUUCUCUACUACAAGAAUCUGGGCCAAGAGGAACUCUGGCUGGACUGCGCCGAGAAGCUUACACAAAUGAUACAGAACAUAAUCGAAUUUGCUAAGCUCAUACCGGGAUUCAUGCGCCUAAGUCAGGACGAUCAGAUAUUACUGCUGAAGACGGGCUCCUUUGAGCUGGCGAUUGUUCGCAUGUCCAGACUGCUUGAUCUCUCACAGAACGCGGUUCUCUACGGCGACGUGAUGCUGCCCCAGGAGGCGUUCUACACAUCCGACUCGGAAGAGAUGCGUCUGGUGUCGCGCAUCUUCCAAACGGCCAAGUCGAUAGCCGAACUCAAACUGACUGAAACCGAACUGGCGCUGUAUCAGAGCUUAGUGCUGCUCUGGCCAGAACGCAAUGGAGUGCGUGGUAAUACGGAAAUACAGAGGCUUUUCAAUCUGAGCAUGAAUGCGAUCCGGCAGGAGCUGGAAACGAAUCAUGCGCCGCUCAAGGGCGAUGUCACCGUGCUGGACACACUGCUGAACAAUAUACCCAAUUUCCGCGAUAUUUCCAUCUUGCACAUGGAAUCGCUGAGCAAGUUCAAGCUGCAGCACCCGAAUGUCGUUUUUCCGGCGCUGUACAAGGAGCUGUUCUCGAUAGAUUCGCAGCAGGACCUGACAUAACAAGAGCAGCAGCCGUUCCUGGAGACGACCGCGGACGAUGUUGCCGAGGAUGCGGCUGCCGCCGGAUGUGUCCUGCCGCCGGUGGCGCCCCCUGCCGGGCAGCAACCAGCGCUGCUCGAGGACUGAGGGCCGCAGGAUGUGGCAACAAUAAUUAUUUGAGUAAACACUGCACUGCGCAUGCAGCAGAUACAAGAACUUUAUCAUGAUUUAAGCUAGCAUACAACCAAGGAUGUGAUCCUCGCCAAGGACUCACUUAAAAAGAACUCUAUCUAUAUACAUAUAUAUAUUAUAUAUGACAGAGCGGAUGACGCAAAGGGAAGGGAAAAUAUUUCAAAAAUAUUGUUAACUCAGUUAAGACUUUUGCUUCGUAGAGAACCGAAACCGAAACCGAUUGCAUUUCGAGCAAGGGGCAUCAAACUGAUUUUCGAGGUUAUACUAUACAUAUAUACACACAAACACACACACACACAUAUAUAUAUAUGUAACUUCCAAACUUUCAUAUCCUGGCCCGAGCAGAUCAGAUCGUCUAAGUACUUAAAACCAAGCGAAAUUCUCUACACCGCACAACCCAGGACCCGUAGACCCCAAUAAUUCAGUUCGGUUAGUGUUAACCCCAGAAAGCCCGAUUCCGAUCCCGCCUAGGUUGUCUUUGCCUUACGUUGUAACUAAAGUAUGUGUAUUAUAUAUACAGCAAAUGUAUGUAUAACUAUGUCGUAUCGGUUAUAUGCCUAACAACAUUAUUUUUUGUAAACAACAAAAUCGAAUAUCUCGGAAAAUGUGUUCUUAUAAUUAUAUUGAUUAAUGCAAUUACAAUAUAUUUACAAUUUACCGUUACGUUUUUACAUUAUACAUAAGACGCAAGAGAAGGAAACGGAAGUUUAAGGAUUAGAAAGCUGAAUAAGAAAAGGCUUAAGGACGAGCUGAGUAGCAGUUAAAGUGAGCGAGAAAUCGAAUGAAUACCAGAAAAUUUCAAGCAAGCACAUAAAAGUAUGCAAUAUUUUGUUUAAAAACAACUUUUUAUUAGUUUCUUAAAUAUAACAUAAUUACGUACAUACACACACGUAUAUAUAGGGCUAUAUAUAUCUAUAUAUAUAUAUAUAUACAUGAUAGACAAAUCCCAAUCCGGUUCCAAGGUUUAGUAAAAAUAAAGAGAAAUAAAACGAAAAACAAAAACUUUUGAUAUGAAAUCCUACGCAUAAUUAACAACUUUUAUUGUUUCUAAGACUUAAACUUAAUUAAAAUGGAAACCAAAACAGACUGACGGACCGACCCCGACAGCAUGCCACGCCCUCCCCCGCCCCACCCUCCACAGAUCCUGGCAGAAAUUUCAAAGGAGUUUGAUACACAAAUCGAGAAAAGAAAUUUUCAAAAAAAUAAUAUAAAGACAAGCAAACGGCGACUUUUUUGGUUGAUACAUUUGAAAAGAAUAUACAAUUAAAUAUCUGACUGACUAUACAAAGACGUUACACACACGCAUACACAUACACACACAUACACGCAUACACACACAGCUUACGAUACAUAAAUUAGUUAAACUUAGAGUAAACAAACAACAACAAACACAUUGGAUAGUAGGUGAUAAUUGGUGUGUCUUAAAUAAACCUUAACCCCUCCCCGACCCCCGCCCACUUGCUUAAUACCCAACGCCCCAAAAAGCCCCACAUUUCUACUAAAUGAAAAGCUUAAUCAAAACUUUUUUGAAAUUAUUCAAGUGAAAAUUUCAGCAGGCAGGCAUAAAUAUUAAUUAACAUUAAUUAUAGCAAGGAAACUUAUAAAUAAAAUGUAUACAACAAAACUACAAAAAUUAAAUAAAUUACAUUUUGCAAAUUCCACAAAAAAUAAAACAUGAUUUUGCAAAUUCACUUAAAAUCCUUUCCCUGAAUCCAAGCAAAAAUAUUUACACUAGCUUACAUAGAACUGGGACGAGGACAUGAAUAUUUCAAUUGAGAAAAAAAUCUAUGUUAAUGUAAUCGAUCGAUUUGGACAUAUUUAAGUUCGACAUUUUUGGCCUUACAAAACAAAAAACAAAAAGAAGAAACCUAAAGUACUUUAUAUAUAUACAAACCAUAUAUACAAUAUAGAGAAUACAAAACUAGUUUUAAUUUAUACAAAGCAAGGGAGCAGCUUUCAAACUCAAAACAAAAAUAUCCCCGAAAAAAACAACAACUUUGUUAAAAACUGCGCAUAAUAAAGAAAAUAAUAAACAAAGUUAAUCUAUAAUAUAAAUUGAAGUUAAGUUGAUUUGAGCGGUCGACAACAAGAACAUAAAUGUAUCUUUAAAUGAUAUAUGUAUUGUUAAAUUUGUAUGCUAAGUUUUUAGAAAGGUUACAUUUUUAAAGAAUAAUAACAAAAGAUCGCGAACUCGACAAGGUGUAAAAUGAGUACAUUUAAAUUAAAAUUUAGCAUAUAUAAUGCAUAAAUAUUAUGUUACGAUAUUUACAUUUAUAUAAAACAAAACAAAAACACUAAAGAAAACCGAAAAAACAGAAGUCCCAUAUUAAAAAUGAAAUAAAAUGAGCAGAACCUAUAAACUGAUAAGGGAAUUCUGAAUAUU